CCCUCUGUCUCCUCCUCUUCCACAGGUCCUAAAUUCUAAAUCCCAUGCGACCUUGUGUGGCGUCACAGGGCCACGUGACAUUGAAAGCCUUGAUCCCCAAACUCACCAUACGACCAUCAUUAGGGAUAGUUACAGUUUCUAUAUUAUAUUACUAAGCUUUCUUACCACAGCUCAUGGGAUAUAGCUAUUACCCUGCGACUGCACUUGACUGUGACAUCACAAGGUCCUUGCGACGCAUGGUGUUACUACCGGUAGUACAGUCCCCAAUAACACCAAAUGACCUAAUAGACCACACACAAAUCUAAAAAAAAAUACACUGUGCUUUUCACCCCCACAAACCCGUCUCAGCGUCACGUGUUCCCACCACCAAAAACCUAAACCUCCGGGAGAUCAUACACCCUGGCUUUCAGAGCUGGUAAAGAUUUUCCAGUGAUGCCUCAUUUCAUUUCAAGUGGUAGUAUUUCAGAAGAGCUCAGUUUGAAUUCCAAUAGCGAAAAUCAAAAACCUAAAAGAUGGGGACUGGUUGCAACUGGUUUUGUGGGAGGCACAUUAUUGACUUUAUAUGCUGUGGCUACCCCAUUUGUGUUACCUGCUUUGAGAAAAAUUUGUCUUCCUUAUGUGCCUGCAUCAGAAACUCAGGUGGAAAAUGUCUUGAAAAUGCUUCAGUUUAGAAGCGGAACUGUCGUUGACAUUGGGAGCGGUGAUGGACGUAUUGUAAUAUCUGCUGCAAAGACAGGGUUCCAGGCUGUUGGCUAUGAACUAAAUCCUUGGCUUGUGUGGUAUUCAAGAUACAGAGCAUGGAGAGAAGGUGUACAUCAAAAUGCUAAAUUUCAUAUAUCUGAUUUAUGGAAGGUCAGUUUUUCACAGUAUACAAAUAUUGUCAUCUUUGGAGUACCAGAGAUGAUGCCAAAGCUGGAAGAAAAACUUAAAAUGGAGUUAUCUCUCACUGCAAGAGUUAUUGCUUGCCGUUUUCCUUUUCCACGUUGGAUCCCAGACCAUAUUUCAGGACAAGGAAUAGACACAGUGUGGGUUUAUGACAUGAAGAAAUUGAACGAAAGCAGUAUUACCGGAUUGCUGGGUGAAUUCAAAAACUGAAGAGGACCUGAACAGUUAAACACACCAUCAAUUUAACAAAAUUAAUAGGAAUGUGUCAUCAGAAAAUGACCCAUUGGUUAAAACAAGUUUUUAUGUUAAACAUAUUUUUAAAGAAUUUUGGUUAUUUUUCAUUUUUCCAUGUUGCAAUCUAUAUUUUAAAAUACUCCUAAAAUCCUGCAGAUUUCGCACUGGCCACUAAGCCCAAUAAUAGAUGCCACUUUUCAGUAGUCAUAUCCUUAUCACAGGCAAGAUUACAAUGACAGAUAUCACCUAUCUAUUGAUAACACAGCAUCCACCAUUCACAAUAGGUGAUGCCCACAGCUUAUCCAGUUUAUCGUCUCUUUCCUUGUACAAUGACCUCUGCACAGGUCACAGUAUGCCUAGUAAACUCUACCAUAGCAGUCAAUGAUCCUCGUCAGAACACUGUGUCUAUGGCCCGGUAUGGCUGCUUUAAAUCAUAUCUCUAAAUGCUGUUAACAUCAGCUCAGGCAACAUUGCUGGUCCCCAUAGUCAUGUUCAGGAAACAGAAUAAAAAAAUGUACAAUCAAAAAUUACAAACAGAUUAGAAACAACGGAUAUAUGUCACUAUCUGACUUUAACUGGCAGAAAACAAUUAUAGGUGACAUUUUUUGGGGGAUAAAAGGGGAUGCCUUGGAGGAGGGUCCCUUCAGUAUUCUGACAAUGCUUGAGGAUAACCUUUUAUAUUUAAAGGGAACCUGUCACAAUGAAAAUGUAAUGUAGGCUACAGGAACCAUGUUAUAGAGCAGGAGGUACUGAGCAGAUUGGCAUAUAGUUUUAUGGGAAAAGAUUCAGUAUAACAUGCAAGUUAUUCAUUUAAAUUCCUGCUCAUUGUGAGUU